AGCAGAACACACAGCACCACUCACUCGCAUUUCACAACUCGCUUCACUCACGAAUCAUCAUGUCUGUCUUCCACUACGAGCCUUUCUACGACCUCGACCGCCUCCUCACUGAGGUCUUCAACCCCCGCACCUCCGGCGACGCGCAGCGCCGCAUCGCAGAGGGUGACGCGCCUCGCGCUAUCAAACCCAGAAUGGACCUCCACGAGGACGCCGAGAAGAACGUCGUAACCGCGACGUUCGAGUUUCCCGGCGUCAAGAAGGAGGACAUCCAGCUCGAGGUGCAGAACGGGCGCCUCACCGUCGGCGCGGAGACGAAGGCCGACGAGGAGCGCAACGAGAACGGGUACGCAGUGCGCGAGCGCCGCUACGGGAAGUGGUCGCGCACGCUGCAGCUGCCGACGGGUGUGAAGGAGAACGAGAUCAAGGCGUCGAUGGAGAACGGCGUGCUGACGGUGACCUUCCCGCGUACGUCCGCGGAGGCUGCGCCCAAGAAGAUCGCGGUGAACUAAGCAGCCAAACCAAGUCCUGUAUUCCCUACAACACGAGCAACAAUGUACAAUAGUCAAUGCUACUUUUGGUGUCAUCGGGAACUAGUGCCCUUGCGUUCAUCUCCGGCUUGCG